AUGACGGAUGCAGCUGUGAACAUUCUCGCCAACAUGACGCAAGAAGCAGACCCACCCUUGACAGCAACUGAAGAUGCAGGCGCUGUUGCUUGGGUGUUGACGUCGACAGCCUUGGUCUUUUUGAUGACGGCAGGACUUGGCUUCUUUUAUGGAGGCCUGGUCCGCGACACCAACAUUAUCAACACCAUGAUGAUGAGUGUCGUCUCCAUGGGGAUUGUCACACUGACGUGGGUGGUGUUUGGCUUCUCAUGGGCCUUUGGAGACAACGGGGAGAAUGGCAUUGGUCUUUUCAUUGGCAAUUUUGACUACAGCUUUUGGAUGGGUCUGGAUAUGAAGAACUGGGACACGCUUCCAGGUCUCGCCUUCGCUUCUUUCCAGAUGACGUUCGCCAUCAUCGCCAGUGCCAUCAUCUCCGGAUCCUUGGUGGAGCGUGUGCGCUUCAGUGCUUACUGCAUCAUGCUGGCCCUUUGGUCCCUUCUGAUCUACGCACCUUUGUGCCACUGGGUUUGGGGACCUGGCGGCUGGAUUGGCAGCCAGCUGGGAGCUCUCGACUUUGCAGGUGGAACCGUGGUUCACAUCAGCUCAGGUGUGUCGGGCCUCGUUGCCGGUGCAAUCCUUGGCCCACGCAAGCACGUUGAGAAGGACCUGGGCCCGGCCAACGCCCCCUUCGUGAUCUUGGGUGGCUGCCUGCUUUGGUUCGGCUGGUUGGGAUUCAACGGUGGCUCUGCUCUGUCCACCACAGACGGAGUGGCAGCGCGCGCAGUGGCCACUACUUUCGUGGCUGCGGCUUCCUCCAUGCUGACCUGGCUGGCACUUGAGCGUGUCCUGAAGGGCAAGUCAACCAGUGUGGGUGCUUCUGUCGGUGCUGUUGCAGGUCUGGUGGUCAUCACCCCGGCAGCCGGCUUUGUGACACCUGGCUGGAGCAUUGCCCUCGGCGUGUUGGGCGCGCCUUGGUGUUACUUCACAUGUGAGCUGGUGAACAGGAUCAACUUGGUGGAUGACACUCUUGACGCCUUCGGCUUGCACGGCUCCGGGGGCUUUGCGGGUGCCAUCCUGACGGGCAUCUUUGCAGUUGACGAUGGCCUCAUCUACAGUGGUAGCUUCCUGUUGUUGGGCAAGCAGAUUGCUGGCGCGCUGGCUGGUGUGGCUUUCUCUGCUGUGGGCACUGCCAUCAUCAUGGGAGUCAUGAAGCUGCUGUUCAAGCUUCGAAUUCCGGAAGAGCACGAGAUUGGUGGUGUUGACGAGCACACUCACGGUGAGACUUACCACAGCCCAAUUAAGAAGUAUUCUGCAGCUGCCCGCAUGACUGAAUCGUCGGAAUCAUCAGAGUCCGACGCUGUCUGCUGA